GUGAAGGAUUUGUUACCCCUCGACUAGUAGAAAGUAGUUUGAAGAGCAUUGCCAGUAUAUGGCUUCCUCGAGCAGCCAAGACUUUGGCUCAACAACUGAAACAAGUCUUGUCAGAGCAGUUCCAAGAACUCGACUUGACUGAGUCUCUUGCCAGUGCCUUUGAACGAUAUCGCUCACCUCAGCUUCCAGAUCAUGGCUGCAAACGUCGCUCCAUGGCUAGACACUACAGGACUUCCUGUUGAUACAGUGGCUGCACUCCGAGGACCUGCGAUUCCCACCCUCCAGUUCCUUCAAAAUCUUCCCAAAAUCGAGCUGACCACUGCGCUGCAGAACAACUUGGGAGUGGCCCACCUUGGGUGGGGCAGACCUGCGCUGGCUCUCGAGUUGAGAGGAUUUCUUCUGAUGGCCAAUCGUGCUGUAAAACCAGCUGUUUUGUGCAUGAGAUGCCAUACCCGUGAGGCCAAGCUCAUUUUCAUUGAGUGUAUGCACUUUGGAGUUUGCACCACCUGCCAGGAGAUAAUGCUAGACUUUGAUAUGCACCGCCAAGGGGACGAACGGCAGUGCAAAUGCCCUGAGUGUGGUGCUAGACACACUCAGGAGGACAUGAGAGAUGUAAACGUUGUUCAAUAGAACAUAUGCUGCUCAGAUGUUCAACUAUAAAUUUAAAUUGCAGAUGGAGAGCUUUUUCUCUGGUGAUGGUUUUGUUGUCUCUCAACCAGAAAGUAGCAUGAAGAGCAUUGCCAAUGGCUUCCUGGCAGCAAAGACUUGGCUCAACAAGACUCGUCGGAGCAGUUCCAAGUAAGAGGGUGCAAUGCAAAAAUAUGCCUCUCAAUUUAUUUCUAAUAGACAAGACUACUUUCAAUAUUAAUUGAGAAAAAACAGCAAUAACUAAAGGAUAAACAGACAAUAAUUGCAAAACUUUAUUUAAAUAAGUAGCAAUAAUAUUAAAACAAAUUAAUUUUAUUAAUAUCACUCGUUAUUCCAAACCAAAUCCUUCUGCGUUUGCUAUAGCAAUUGUCAGUUUUUUAAUUAAUAUCACUUUGCUGGGAUACGCUGGUAGCACCAACUGAUUGAAGCAAGUGUGAGCUUCAGGGAGGUCCUCAACGUUGCCACUUGACUUGGUCACUUUAAAAGUCAUCUCUCCCGUUCCG